UUGUGAAGGGCUGCCAUUUUACCGAGCUUACGCAGCACAAAUGAAUUAUGGGGGUCAAAGUGGUUCAGCUGACCUCUAAGUCCCACCAUGAAAACAUCCUGGCGUCUCUGCAUCAGCUGAGGCUGCAGGGACAGCUGAGUGACGUCACGGUGCAGGUGGACUUCCAGGGGGACGUGCAGGAGUUUCAGGCCCACCAGCUGAUGCUCGCAGCGUCCAGCGGCUACUUCAAGAAGAUCCUUCUCUCUCAGGACGCCGCCCGAGACAAAGUAUUACUCUCCAACAUGCACUCCAAUGAUUUCUCCAAGUUCCUGGAGUUUGUGUACACGGGCAAAGUUGAAGUCGUCAGAGACAAGAUCAGUGACGUUCAAGCGGCGGCACAGUUUUUGGACUGCGAGGAUCUGUCGGAGGUUUGCGGCGAGGCCAUGAGUGCUGGGAUCCUACAGAAACCUACACAGAAAACAUCUGCACCAGAAGAAGAAGGUGACUUACACGGUGCCAAAAAAGAAAAAAGGACCAAAGGGAAGAAGCAGCCUAAAAGCUUCCUGCUCAAGCGGCGUUUGUCACCGCAGAGCUCAGAGAAAGAAGUCAUUUCAAAGAAAAGAUUGAAGGCAAAGAACGCAGUGAAGGAUGAAAAAAGACAAGAAGGAAACCUAAAACUCAACCUGACUGCACGUAAAGUCUUUCAGAGGCGUUUAAAUACCAAAAGACCGGCUAACCCGAACAAUGAAAACCAGGUCACGCAUGAGGACGCAGAGGAGAGCGAGGACAGGACUGAAGGAGACGCUCAGCCGGAGGAUCAGGCUGAGGAGGACUCGUCUCUGGGAAUGCCGGGCUACGAUGCGGAAGAUUGGGAAUGUGAGGAGGAUUUUCACAACAGUGAUCCUGAAGACUCCUUGUUGUUGUCUCUGGAGGACGAGAUGGACGACGAAGAGGAGGAGGAGGAGGAUGAGGAGGAGGGGGAGAACUCCAAGGAGACAAUAAAGAGACCGUCCAAGGCCCAGUUUCAGUGCAACAAGUGCCAGCGGACUUUCCACUACGAGAGGAGCUACCUGAAGCACAUCAGCACUUAUCACGGAGUAAAAGCCGACGUCAUCUACCGCUGUGACACCUGCCAGCAGACCUUCGCUAACCGCAGCAAUCUGAAGAUCCACGAAAAGCACGUCCACAGUAACGAGAGGCUCUUUACGUGCGACUCCUGCGCAAAGACCUUCAAACGAAAGAAGGACGUCGUCCGCCAUCAGAGACAGGUACACGAACGCAACAAUCUGCGACACGUCUGCCCCGACUGUGGAAAGGCGCUCAGCUCCAAAACUGCUCUGUUGCUGCACGAGAGGACGCACACGGGUGCAAAACCGUUUGAGUGCACCGACUGCGGGGCCAGAUUCACCCAAAACUCGGCCCUGAAGAUGCACCGCAGGACUCACACAGGAGAGAAGCCCUUUGCAUGUGACGAGUGUGACGCCCGGUUCACUCAGAAGCACAUGCUGGCCUACCAUAAACGCUCACACACAGGAGAGAAACCCUUCAUGUGCGAGGCCUGUGGGAAAAGCUUUGCGUCUAAAGAGUACCUGAGACACCACUCAAACAUCCACACUGGGUCCAAACCGUACAAGUGUGAACAGUGCGGCCGAGGCUUCGCUCAGAGGAAUUCCCUCCACCAGCAUUUAAAGAUACACACAGGUGAGCGUCCGUACAGCUGUAAAGACUGUGACAAGCAGUUCACGCAGCUCAACGCCCUCCAGAGGCACCAGCGUAUUCACACGGGAGAGAAGCCCUACAUGUGCGGCCUUUGUGGACGCACCUUUACGGACAAGUCCACCCUUCGCAGGCACACGAUGAUUCACAACUCAGACGCUCCGUGGAAAACCUAUCUCGUGGUGCUGGACGGGAACGUGGAGGAUAAGAAAGACAAAUCUCCCACGAAGGGAAAGACAGAAAAAGCCGGAGCAAAAGAGAAGAAGAGCAGCCCUAAAAAAAGUGCUGCUGUCGAUACGACGGGCGGUAAAACCGGCGCUGACUCCUUCGUGGUGCAGCCUGACCCGGUCACGCUCCCCUCUGAUUGGACCAGCCACGGGGCCAUCGCUCUGGUCAGCCACGGCGCCCUCGGCGGGAUCACGGUCAUCCACACUGAGAUGGCGCCCGGAACUCAGAUCCAACCCAUCAUGACCACAGACAGCACGGGGGCCAGCGUCAUCUCCUUGGACGGAUCCGCCAUCCCCGUCCCCUUCUCCAUACCGGUGUCCAUGUCUCACACUCUCCCCCUGUGCUCCGAGGCGUCCUCCACCUCUCUGUCCCUGCCCGCCCUCUCUGUCCCCGUUUCUGACGGCACGCUGGCGUCAGGGUUUCAAACUGUUUCCACGUCAUCCGUGCUGGAAGCUGCCGCCUCACAGACCAUUCUGGCCCCAGUUUCAGAGGCAAAAACCAGUUCUGAGGCCAGUAUUUCCCAGCCUGAUAUUCAGACUGUGGUGGUCAGCGACGAGGCUUGUGGGGUAGAACAAAAAGCUGCUGUCGUAAAUGACGGCGAGCAGAGGACAGAAGAUAACCUCUCAGGCGAACCUGAAGGCGCCGCGGCUCAAGAUGUAGAAAACGCAUGUCAAUAGAAAUAACUUUGUCUCUGCGUCGGGUAUUUAAAAUCCCAUUCCAACCAACUUUUCAUGUAAGUUCAUGUAGAUACCGUGGCGUUAGCGGCGUGAGAACGAGCGGUCGGACCAUGUGGUGUUUCAUCGUCAUUAUGAUCUAAAGUCCAGUUUUGCAUAAACAGAAUUAAAUGUGAUUUUUUUA